CGAUACUCACCUAUGUGAUGUAAUGUGAACACAGGGGAUUUUACCCUGUCAUAUUGCUCUUAUCAGAUCACUGACCCCAUUGAUUCAAAAACACGUAACAAAAGCGCCACACAAUAGAAAACAAGAACAAUAGCAACGGACAGUGAUCUAUUCAAAAUUUUCCUUUCAUUUAGACAAUUUUCAUUUUAUUUACAUAACAUCGUUCACAGGAAACCAUUUGUCGCACUACAUUGUAUGCCAUUUCCCAAAACAUCCUCUGUCAUAAAUGUCUGAGUUUAAAUGCAUGGAAGACCUCGGGGAGAACACGUUGUAAGACGUGCAAGACAGAACAAGAAAAGAGGAGAGUGGGGGUCAAAGAAAGGAGUAGCUAGGGGAAUGGACACAACAUUGCGCCCUACAAUUUAUCGCUAUCGACCCGUUGGGCAAUCAUAAUACAGGAGCGAUUUAGGAACAUAGCGACAUAGCUUUGAAGAGGCUAGACUGCUAGCUAGCAGAUGCAUUGAAGCUAACAACAUGGGACGCGUGUGAACGUGUGUUACACGGGGGUUACUUAGUAGCUGUAGUAGCAGCAGCUACCAGCACCCUGCAAGGGAGAAAGAAACAAGGAAGCGCACAGCUAGCAGAGCUAAAUCAAAGCUAACAUUAGCUAACUGUUGGCCAAUAUUCUUUCUAAUGAGCGACCAAGGAGUAUGCGACCUGAAACGAAAAGCACCUCCUGUAUACCCAUGAUGAUUUACCAACCCUGUUCUUCUGACCUCUCCUCCUCCCCCCACAGCUGACUUGUUUGGGGAUGUCGGGCAGUAAGGCGCUGGGCGGGGGGGCUGGCGGGGGCGCAAGGCGCAGGAGGACCCGGUGCCGGCGCUGCCAGGCCUGCAUGCGGACCGAGUGCGGGGAGUGCCACUUCUGUAAAGACAUGAAAAAGUUUGGUGGGCCCGGUCGCAUGAAGCAGUCCUGCCUCCUGAGACAGUGCACAGCGCCGGUGCUGCCCCAUACAGCAGUGUGCUUUGCUUGCGGCGAAGCGGGGAAGGAGGAAACGGUGGACUCGGAGGAGGAGAAGUUCAGCCUCUCCCUCAUGGAGUGCACCAUCUGCAACGAGAUCAUCCACCCCAGCUGCCUCAAGAUGGGUAAAGCAGAAGGCAUCAUCAACGACGAGAUCCCCAACUGCUGGGAGUGCCCUAAGUGCCACAAGGAGGGCAAGACCAGCAAGGACCAGGCCGACGGGUCCGGGAAGCGGCGUCUGGACAGCGGCGAGGUCGGUCGAUGGAAGCUGACGGACGACCCGCCCCCCAAGAAGAAGGCGCAGCCCUCCUCCACCCUGGAGGACGGAGGCCGGACGGACGGGGGCCACAAGCGCAAGAAGGAGAAGGAGCAGCCCCAGGACAGUGGGCCCAAGAAGAAGAUCAAGGGGGCCCACGAAAAACGCCUAAAAAAGAAACCGAAGACGGAGGCAUCCGAGUCCAACGGGCCGGGCUCUUCCGGGGGCGGGGGCGGCGGCGGCGGCGGAGGUGGUGGUGGAGCAGGGCAGGGCUCCUCCUCCUCCUCCUCCUCCUCCUCCCAGGCCGGAGGAGGAGCGGGCGGCGGGGGUCCGUCGAGCGCCGACCAGCGCUCUCACCAUCGGGAGAAGCUGGAGCGCUUCAAGCGGAUGUGCCAGCUGCUGGAGCGCCUCCCCGAGUCCUCCUCCUCCAGCUCCUCCAGCUCCGAGUCCGACUCUGAGUCCGACUCGGACGACUCCUCCCGGGAGCCCGGCGGCGGUGGCGGCGGCGGCGGUGGGGGCUCCUCCCCUUCCUCCUCCUCCCCGGCGCCACCUCCUCCACCACCCGCCAUCGCCUACGGCAACAGCGGGGGUGGGGGCAGCCGGGGGGAGCGGGAGCGGAGCCGCAGCGAGCGGGAACGGGAGCGGGAGCGCGAGAGGGAGCGGCGCCUGGCGGAGCUGGGCUUCAGCGCCAGCGAGGAGUCCGAGGGGGAGGGAGGAGGCGCCGAGGAGGAGGAAGAGGAGGAGGAGGAGGACAGGAAGCGGGAGGAGGAGCCUCCGGUGAGCGUGGCCGACAAGGCGCGGCGGAGGGGGGGAGGUGGAGGAGGUGGUGGAGGAUGUGGAGGAGGAGGAGGAGGAGAUGGAGGCGUCCCGCCGCAGCGGGGCAGGAAGGGGCCCGUGAUGGUGGAUGGAGACGACGAGGAAGAGACCCUGACCUCAGAAAGGACAAGGAAGAACUCCUCCUCGCUGCCUCCACCCUCGCCGCUCUCCUCCAAUCAGACGCCGCCGUCUUCCGGCUACUCGGAUGGCUUCACGGGGAAGCAGCGCAGCAACGGGCAGGAGGCGCGCAACGGGAGGACCCGGGGGGGCGGAGGGAGGGAGCGGGCAGGGGGCGGCGGAGGCGGGGAGGCCGGGGAGAAGGAGAACGCCAGCGGCGUGUUGUCCAAUCACAGACACGGCGGGGGCGGAAAUAAGGGCAGCGGCAGCCGCGGGAAUAAGAUCCGUAACAAGAACCAGACGUCCACAGGGUCACGCACCAAUGCCAACAAUAACAACAACAGCAUCAGUCUCUCUUCCUCGUCCUCCUCCACGUCUUCCUCGUUUAUCCCCACGUCCAACGGCGGCGGCGGCGGCGGCGGGGGGAACGCAGGCGCCAGUGGGCUGCUCAUGUCGGCGAUGGCGGCGUCGCCGCGCUCCCAGCCGUCCCGGCUCACGCCCCGCUCCCAGAUGAUGAAACGCAGCCCGCCCGCCGUCCCGUCGCCGCCCCGGCCCGUACAGAUGGAGAGGCACCUGGUGCGUCCGCCCCCGGCCUGCCCCGAGCCCAGCUGCCUGCCCCUGGACUCAGGCGCCUCGCACAUCAUGAUGCGGGACGUGUGGAUGCAUGUCUUCCAGUACCUCAGCCAGCGGGAGCUGUGCGUCUGCAUGAGGGUCUGUCGCACUUGGAGCCGCUGGUGUUGUGACAAGCGAUUGUGGACCCAGAUUGACCUUAGCAGACAGCGCUCCAUCACCCCUCCCAUGCUGAGUGGUAUAAUCCGCCGGCAGCCCGUCUCCCUGAACCUGGGCUAUACGAACAUCUCCAAGAAACAGCUCAUGUGGCUCAUCAAUCGCCUGCAAGGCCUCUUAGAGCUGAACGUGUCCGGCUGUCCCUGGUCGUCGGUGUCGGCCCUGUGUCAGGCCGUCUGUCCCUGCCUCAAGCUGCUGGACCUCAGCCGGGUGGAGGAGCUGAAGGACUCCCAUCUCCGGGAGCUGCUGGCGCCCCCGCCCGACACGCGGAUAGCCCACGGCGAAACCAGAGGCGGGCGGUUCCAGAACGUGACCGAGCUGCGAUUGGCCGGUCUCGACCUGACGGACGCUUCGUCGCGCCUGUUGGUGCGCUACGUGCCUCAAUUGGCAAAGUUGGACUUGAGCCAAUGUGGCAACAUCACAGACCAGACGGUUCACACCCUGACCUCCUCCAUCUCCCCGCUGAGGGACACCCUGACGCACAUCAACUUAGCAGGCUGCGUGAAAGUGACGGAACAGUGCGUGCCGUUGCUGCGGCGCUGCGCCUCCCUACAGACGGUGGACCUGCGCUUCUGCUCGCUCCUCUCCUCGGACAGCGGCCAGCUGCUCUCUUUCCCCCACAACCCUUCAUCAUCGUCCUCCUCCGUCCCCAACACCACCUGCUCCUCCUCCUCCUCCUCUUCCUCGUCCUCGGUCACGGCGGUAGCGCCUCCCACCUCCUGCCCCUCGGAAGACCGGACACUGCUGAAGAACAGCUAAGGCGCCUUUUGAUGAUGUCAUCAGACUCUCCUAUAUAUCUUUCUCACGCACGCGCGCACACAUACACACAGACAACAGACGUACACAACACAUGCACACGCACUCACGCGCGUCAAUGCAAGGCCUCAAAAAUAGGACGACUCUCCUUAAUGUCCGCCCGCGCUUCUUCAUCCUGUCGUUAACCUGGUACACCCAUGACUUCCUGCCCCCCUUCUGUUACACUAUGACCAUUCUGCCGGGAUUGGUCAUAGUCAAUCAACAAGACACGCCCGGAAGAUAUCAGUCAGCAAGCCAGGAUCCUGCGGGGUCGGGGGGGGGGGCUGGAUAUGGGCAGUAGUGUUGGAGAUGCUACCCUCAAAGAUAUAAACAACAUGUUCCCAACAUCUGGAUUAAGGCAAAUCAUUUGUGAUCACAGUAUAUCGAUGUCAACCACAGAAGAAAAGGAUUUUGGGGGGAGGGGGAGGAGAAAAGGUAAAAGAAGAAACCUGGAGCAUGUACAUAUUUGUUCUCUGUACAAUUUGGGUGUGUGUAUAUAUCUGUAGUUUACUGUAAAUGACCCUUAACUUUACCCUCCCUCCUUUUCCCCUUUUCCCAUCUCUUUCCCUUGCAACCAAUCAUGCCAUUCACUUGCUCUUUAAUAGCUGCGAAACUUGGGGAACAGAGCUGGGGGGGCGGAGGGGGAGACACAGUAUUUCAUAUAUUUACAAAUAUUUUUUCUGGGAAUCAGAUGUAUUGUCCAGUAGCUUCUAGUGCAAAGACCAUCUGUUCCACUCGCAAUUGCUGGGUCAAGUCCGUGCUGAACCUGUCCUCGAGGCCACUCCUCUGUCAAUAUUUCUUCUCCCAAAUAAUAAUGGCUAUGAAUAGAAAUUCAGCCGAGAAGCCAGACUUUUGUCCAUGUACAAGUGAUGCAACAAUGCAAGGUCCCCCCCACCAUGCCCCAUUCAGUAGGCCCGCUUUUGGAACGGGGUAGGUUGCACAAUAGGUAAUGUUUCAUUGUGUUAGAAAUGGGUUAAAAUCUUGACCGACUAAAACAAAGGUUUGACAAUUUUUAUGAUAUGUGAAAACUCCCAAAUCGAGAACUUAAGUAAAUUUGCCAAAAUGUAUACAUUGGGACACCCUUGACAUCUAAACUGACAAAUUGGGAGAACAUUUGUGUUAUGAUAUUACUUACAAUUGUUUUGAUUAACAUGGGGCAUUCAUUUUUCAAAAUGAACAGUUUAGGGACCAUCUUCUGUAUAUUGUAACCUAUUCCCUGCCCUAGUCUGUGGAUGAACAGCUGGCCUUCUUCCUUUAGUAUUCUGAUUACACUACUCUGUCCAAAGUUGAUGUAUUGGUACUAGUGCUUCGUGAUAGCAUUGACCUACUUAUAUUAAGGCACUGGUAUAUUGGCAAGGACAGUAUUAUCUGGUGUUGCAAUUCCCAAAACAAAUCUGUGACGUAACACCGUACUGUGGGUCAUGAAAGAAAAUGGUGUCCAUGGUUACGCACUCUGCACAUCGAGUCUUCACUGGGAGCAAGGAAAUCUGACAACCUCUCCGUAGGGAGUCGAUAACUCGUCUCGAGUGUCUUUAGUGUUCGACACAUUUCACCAGGUCACCUUUUUUUUUUUUUCCUUCAUGCUAUUGAAUGAGACGAACCUGACUGCAGGGGAAAAUACAUGGAAACCAUUUUUUUUUGCUUUCAGUUCCAGCAGCGCCCACCAGCCCUCAUUAUUCAGCACUAUUGGUGGGGCAGUUGCGUUGCUCUUUGAAAUGACUGGCUAGCCGGCAGACACACUCCCUCCAUUGAGCUAGCUGGGUAGCUACGCUGACGGAGAUUAUAAUGAAUGUACCAGAUGUUGGCUGUGCCAACCAAACCACUCCCCCCCGCGCCCCCAAGCUCACCGACAAGCCGCAUCUGGGAUGUUGUUGUUUUUGUUUUGUUUUUGUUUUUGUUUUUUCUGGGAUGAGGUCUGGGUGUUGAAGCAAAUGCAAAAACUGUUUGGUGUGACGAGAUCUGAGUGGUGGGGUAAUGAAUAGAAGAUGGAGAGAAACAACCUGGGGCUGGAAUCUACUUUCAGGGCUAGACUUGCUGCAAUAUAAUUAAGGCAACACAGCCUUGGGAACGAGCUCAGUGUUAACUUUACAAAAUAAAGACAAUUUCAACGGACAAUAAACAACCUAGGAUCAAGCACUCUGUCUUUUAACACUGCCUUUUACCUCUGUUUAGGUGUUGCCAAUCUUGGUUAAUUUUAUCACUCCCUCCCAUUCUCCACCUUGCCCGCAUCUCUUGUCGAAUAGAGAGUGGUGUUACUGCAAACUGGUCCAUGCAGCAUGUCAAUCAACCGUGCACCCGAUGAUGUCUAUGUUAACGCCUUGUGGUGUGUUUUUGAUUCAACAUGAUGCUGUGUUUGGUUUUGAUUAGAAGUCCAGGGUGCCGCUUCAAUGGUAACUUUCCUUUUGUUCCACUCUUUGUUUUUCUUUCUUUCACAUUUCCCUUCCAUCCCGUUUCAUUGACUAAUGCAGUUCACAGAUGUCCACCGGUUAUGACACUUGUAUACAAUUUACUUGUGUACAAUUGGAAGCCAGAAAGAGAGGGAAUCCCAUCCACUCCUUAAACAAGACAGUAUUGUGUAUCUCACUGGCGCAAAUGAUAGCAUUUUAUUGAAGUGUUAUAAUCCGCUGGAUUCCUUAUUGCUACAAGCAUAGCCAUAUCCGGCAAAUACAUAACCAUUUACAUAGCCAUAUAAUUGUCAUACAAUGCCAGAAGUUUGUGUUUAAGGAAUUGACUCCUGAUGUGGGCUGUAUGCCAAAAACAGUAUUGUAGUGUUAGAAAUUCCUUCCCGUUCCUACAUGUUCAGGAAGGCCUUUUUGGUAGUAUGAACUGAUGUAAAUGUCAUCAUUCCGUAUUUCAAAGAGACGAAUCAUUUGAUCAACUUAGAACUAAAAUGGCGUGCUUGUGUCUAUAACAUGAAGCCUUGCCUUUUAUUAUAUAUCCUGUGUCCAGUUUCAAAUGGAGGUAGAGAGAGAGUGUCCAACUACAGAUGGAUGAAACACAUCAACUGUGUGUGUGUGUGUGUGUGUGUGUGUGUGUGUGUGUGUGUGUGUGUGUGUGUGUGUGUGUGUGUGUGUGUGUGUGUGUGUGUGUGUGUGUGUGUGUGUGUGUGUGUGUGUGUGUGUGUGUGUGUGUGUGUGUGUGGUGUCUUCAACUUUCACCUCAAACAAGUCUGCAUUUUCCAUCUCUUCUGGUCUGAGUGACUCAUCCAUCCACACAUCUUUUACUAUUUGUCUGAGAUUCCUCUCCCCCAAAACAGAUAUAUGAGCAGUGGAACACUAGCAUUCAAUACUAAAGGCAUACUUUCCUUAAUCACCAUACCGAUGUGGGUUUGAAUAGAAAUGUGCAAACAUCACAUUUAUGGUCACAGGUUCAGGAUUUUAUUUUAUGUGUUAUUUAUCGCCUUUUCAUUACGUUUUGAUACAUUUUUUUAUUUUUACCUUUUUUUUUUAUUGUGAACGGGUUAUGCGAGUCUAUCAAUUAUUUUUUCCCACCAAAAAACAGACAAAUGCCUAAUUUAUAAAGUUUAACUUUCUGUACAUUUACCCAAUACCAUACUUAUGCAUAACACUAAAAUAUGUAGACAAGGUUAUUUCUAUAUAAAUAAGGAUACGUCUAUCAGUUCCAUAUACACAGUUUAACUUAAAAUCUGGUUUUGUGUGCACGCAAUAUCAAUUGUGCUUUAGAGACUUUUAUAAAUUAGGUAUUCGGUUGUCGCAUGGUUGAAAGAAAAAACUGACUAUCUGAUCAGAGCUAUCGAUAAGGGUUUCAUUACUGUCAAAACACGAGGUGUGUGUGUGUGUGUGUGUGUGUGUGUGUGUGUGUGUGUGUGUGUGUGUGUGUGUGUGUGUGUGUGUGUGUGUGUGUGUGUGUGUGUGUGUGUGUGUGUGUGUGUGUGUGUGUGUGUGUGUGUGUACACAGGGUGUCAGUGGGCAGGAAUGGCCAUAGAAAAAAAGUUCAAAGUGUAUACUUAAAAUGUACGUGACAAAUCAUACCUAGCCAAAUGAUGCAGGGAACUAUUUUAUUUUGAUGAUUAAAUCAUAAAAAGGAAUUACGGCAACAUUUGUUUGUCAAGGUAGAGCUUAGUAGAAAAGCCUGUAUCUUGGCUAGUGGGUUCCACGGCUGCUUUGCAAGAAGCUAGACCUAUUGUUGCGGGCCAAUAGAUGGAGAAGAAAAAGUCAUUGUGGUUCAAUUGCAAUGCGGCUUUGCUGCUUGUCCUAUUGGCGCAGCCAUUUUUUAUGUACUGUGAUGCCAGGAUGCUGGUGGGUUCCCAGCAGACAGGCCGGUCGGGCCCAUUGUCAAUAGUGCAGGAAAAUGCCUCAUCGUGCCAUAGAUGCACCUGAUCAACGUUGCGAUGUCUGAAAUUGUUUAAAGUGUGAAUGGGUCAAUUUAUUUUUGUAUUGUUUAUAUUUUCUCUUUUCUUUUUUUCAAUUUUCUGUGGCUUAUUAGAGGGUCAAGUAACCUGAACUUGGCCUGGUUUUGUAAGGGAUGCAAAUACGCCGUGCAUGUCAGCUGCUGGCCACGUUCCAUUAAAUCAAAUGGAAGAAUGUCGGAGGAAAUCAGCUCUGAUUGGUAGCUAAUCCUAGGAUCUCAAACCGCUCUUAUCCAAUUUGAAAGUAAUAUGUAUCAAAGUGUCAUUGCCCAUUUCCCAUGACAAUAUCUAGGUAAAGUUCCCCAUGACAUGAAAACCAUACCUUUUGCUUAACUCAUUUCUUUUCAAAUGCACUGGAUCCUUCCACCAACAUCCAAUAUUGCCAAAUUGCUGUUUGUGUUGUGAAUGUGGGCAUUUUAUCCCAUUUCAUUCAGUUACAUUUUUUGUUUUACUUUUUUGAAAUCUUUAUCCCUGGGCUCUUCCAUUGUGUUUAUGGGGAAAAUGAGGAAUGUUGGAAAAAGAGACAGAAAAAGACCAACUUAAGGCAGCUACUUAUGAGUGACUACUGUAAAAUGACUAACUAAAUAAAGACAAUGGGGUUGUUUUUUAUAAA